AUGGGCCCGUAUGUUCCUCCAGGACAGUCACCACCAUUCCAGGUGGUGGAUGACCUGCAUCACGGCGCCUGGAUAAUUAUAACCGCCGCCUUCGGGCUGGUCGUUUCGUUAGUUUGUCUUCUCAUCCGGGUGUAUGUGCGACUGGCUCUCAGUCCUCCCUUUGCGUAUGAUGACUACGUUCUUCUUGGGGCAACGGUUGUUGCUAUCGCCCAGUCCACACUGAUCUUUGUAGCUGCCUCUCAAGGAUUCGGGACCUCGAUCAGCCUGCUGGCGCAAGAGCAAAUCAAUAGGAUCCAGACAUUGAUCACAAUAAGCGACGUCCUCUACCUAGUCACCAUCUACGUCUCCAAAUGCUGCGUCGUGGGCAUCUACCUCCGGCUGACGCCUCAAAAGACCCACAACCGAAUCUCCUGGGCAACUCUCAUCUUAUGCACGUUAUGGAUUAUCCCAAGCGCACUCAUCCUCGCCGUCAAUUGUGAAAUGAACCGCCCCUGGAAGACAUCAGGAGGCCAAUGCCGCCACCUGCUCCAACGAUGGGAAUUCAUAACAGCAAUGGACAUCGUUACCGAACUCAUCCUCUUCGCCCUGGCAGUCACCCUCCUCCAGGGCCUUUUCAUGCCUCUCAAACGCAAACUGCAAAUCGGCUCUGCCUUUCUCUUCCGACUMCCCCUGAUCAUGUUCACCAUCUUCCACAUCUACACCCUAAAAGGCCACUACCAUUCUCCAGACCCGACCCUCUCAAUCGUCACAUCCAAGAUCUGGUCACAGGUAGAGCUCAACUACGCCCUGAUCGCAUGCAGCGUGUUCUGCCUGCGGCCCUUCAUGGCGGCUGUGAGCACAAACUAUGGCACGGCGGGCGACUCGAACCUGAAGAGCAGCUUGGGGUCUUCAUCGCAGACGCCCAAGGACAACAGCUCCGGAUCCAAGUCUAGAAUCGGGCCCUUGGGCGGCGAGGAGAGGAGGACGUGGCGAUCGCUCUUGUGGGAGCGUCGGGCGGCAAAGCCUGGGCAUGCGGGAGACCUUGACCUUGAGAAGUGUUUGGCUGCUGGGGGGAUCGGUACCGAGGGGUCAACGAUUGCGCCUUUAUCGCCGCCUAUUGAGCUGGCGGAGCGGAAGGGGUUGACCAGUGCAGGAAGUGAUGGGACCUCGAAGAUGAUCAUCCGAAAGGACGUGCAGUACUCGGUUGAGUAUAAGCGGAAAAGACCAGACUCGGGUGUUAAUCCUGAUGCAAAGUACUGGGAUACUUAUGUAACGAACGAGUCAUAA